CUUAUUGCGUCGAAGAUUACGAUUAGCCACGAAAUAAAAUAUAUGUAAAAUGAUUUUAAUUUGAACGAAGGACGGCGGCGCUAGAAUGUGUGGGUGAUAUUCGAUAUUCUUUUAAACACGAAUAAUAUAUUCGAAGGUCACGAUAUUAUUAACAUCAAAUUCAAAUUGGACAUCCCGGCUUAUGAGUUUUCUAAUUGAACACCGAGAUAAAUAGCAUUACUGUACAAUGUAUCUUAAUCAGUUAAAGCAAACACCAAACAUUAAUUUCAUAUUAUGUGAUAUACCUUUUUUUUCGAUCUGAAAUAAUGUGUACUAAGAACAACGCUCAAAUACCAUUGCUUUAACCCGUCUGCCCUACAAAGCACCCCUAAUUAAGUAAUAAUUACAUAGUAUCAGAAUAUCUGCCUUUUUGUAGGAUCGGUAUCGGCGUUUUUAGCUGGUAUCGGUACAUCUCUAGUAUCAAUACUUUUGGUUAACUUAAAUUGAAAUGGAAAAUAUGGUAAAUCAGAUAUAUAUUCAUCCUAUUAUCUGUGUUGAGAUGCUAUUUCUGGUGGAAUGUGAAUUUUGUUUCAGUUUUAAAUUUCCUUCAACUCAUUAUACAUUACUAUCAUGAUAUAUAAAAUCUUGCUUCUGUAUAAGUAUGAAUUUUUGUUAUCAAAUCUUCGAUGAUACUUAGAUUUAUACUUCCAAAUUAGUUCCAUUCAUUUAUAUAAUAUCUAGGUAAUUGAGAUCUAUAGCAUAUGAUUAAUUUUUUUGAUUGUCGCCUAAUUAUUGAACACUCUUAUCCUGUGAAAUUUAUUUUGUAUGCAGAUGCUGACAGUGCUUGCUUUAAGUCCCAUGUCUAUCGCCAUUCACUAACACUCAUUACUACAAUCCGAUUCUGGAUAACCUCAGUAGCCGUUGGCAUUUUAGUGGUCAUGCUUGACUCCAGUAAAAGAUCUGUCUCCUUUUUCUGAAUAGGCUGGUAAUAUACCUGGUUUCUUGGUAACUUUGGAAUAUUUUAAUAAACUUGAUACAAAUAAUCCUAACAAUAAAGGUGAUUUUGUAAACAACAUGCAGGCUUCUUAUAAUGAUGAUAAUAUAUGCAGAGAUGUCAUGGAAAAUAUUCUCAAAGAUCUUGAUUCUACUAGUAUAUCACCAAGUACUGUAAUUGAGGGACCAAAAUGCGAAGUUUGUGCCAAAAAUCCACCCAAGUAUAAAUGUCCAAAAUGCUCUGUAAGAACUUGUUGUCUCCUUUGCGUGAAAACUCACAAAAAAAUGAACGAUUGUGAUGGAGUCAGAUGCAAAACUACAUUCGUUCCACUCAAUAAAUAUAAUGAAAACAAUAUGUUGAAUGAUUAUAGAUUGCUUGAAGAAAUUGCAAGAUGCGCUGACAAUAAUGGAAGAUAUAUUUCAGGAAGUCUACCCAAUUCAACAAAAGGAAUGUCACUCCAAAUAAAAAAAGCAAAAGGAAUGAACAUCAACUUAAAAUUAUUGCCGUUUACAUUCACACAACAUAAACUCAAUAGUACUUUUUAUCAUUGUAAGUUACAAGCAUUUUUAUGGCACAUAGUGUGGCAUUUUCCAACUUUGAAUCAUUCCAUACACAAGAAAAAAGUUAUUGAUACAAAAACUAUUAAAGAGGCUUUGUCAGAAGCCUGCAGUUCAGAUGACAGUGGUAAUAUCAACAUCCAAAAAUACUUGGAUAACUCAGAAACGUGCAUUUAUAUGAAGAGGAUGGACUUACCAGCAAAUGAAAUAAAAUACUACAAAAUAGAUACUGCGUCUACAAUUAAAUCAGCAUUACGUGGGAAGACAAUUGUUGAAUUUCCUCAGUUUAUAGUUGUUUUGCAACAGAAAGCUCAAGAGUAUGAAAAUAAUAUAUUUGAAGGCAGUGCGCCAAAUGCUAAUUCUGCAAUCAUUUCAAAAAAAGUUGAUGGUGUUCUUAUUCCACCUAAACGACAAAAACUUUCAUCCAAUUUCGAAAAUGAAGCUCAUGUUGAUUAUGAUGUUGCAGAUUCAUUUCCAUAGAAUCUGAGGUCUAGCUUAUUUUUGCAUGUCUAAUGUUCUGUAAUGUUAUUCGGGAGUUUGGGCCUUUGUUAACAAAAAAAUAAUCAAAUUCGCUAUACACCUGAGGUUCCCAACAGCAGUAGAGGGGGGAGGGCACAUUGCUAGGCGCUAAACUGAUUUCACUUUUCUUUUUACAAGAAAACUCUUCCCCACCUUGUGGAACAUUGAUUGUUUGACCCCAAUGGGAUUCGGAUUCUAUCAAUAUAAAUAGUACUGUAAUGAAAAACAGGGGGCCAAAAGCCUGGGGGCCUCGAGCUAUAAAAGGUUGGGAACCUCUGCUAUACACCUAUUGUUCGAUUCUUGAACUAUAAUCUUAAACUUGUACAUGCCUCUGUAUUAUUUCACAACAAUAAAACCCUAAAAUGUCGCCUUCUCUUUUGAUAUGUUUAUUCAAAUAUAGAUUUAGUGAAAUUUUGCUCAGAAUGUAUAUUUUUGAAUUUUGGGAUGUAUCAUAUUCAUAAGGGUAUUUAUAAAGUCUUGAAAUUUCCAAUGCCAUAUAUAGUAUGUUGCCACCUUUUGUAUGAAAUGGAGUGAAAAACUUGAUAAACACUAGGCUAUUUAAAAUAAAGCAAACCUGGUUAAGAUGAAUUUAUACCCGACUAAGUAAUAAAAUUGAAAAUGUAACAGGACUUUAUGAAUACUUGACUUUAUUAAAUUUGGGAAUUAUAAAUAUGGUCACGCCAAUGCUGAAUGAUGCCCGAUUUGAUGGUUUUUAGGACGGUGGGCGGACUAGUGAUAGUUGGUGCGAGACUGCGAGUGAUUCCAAGAUGUUUCCCAUCUCAUUAUACGAUCUAUGAUUCGCCAAAUACAAUAUUUCUUCCCUUGUAUUUGUGUCAUUUUGAUAUGUUAACUAUCUAUUAUCAAACUGCCAUUUAUCAAAAUGCCUUAUUCGUUUUUUAG